UUGAUGUAAGUUGUUGAAUAACAAAAGAAUACCGAAAUAUAAGAACAUUAAUUGACAUAAAAAAAUUUUCCCAAUUUUUAAAUAAGUGUUUAAAUUAUCUUUAAAAAUUAUUAUUUUAAAAUGUCAGCAAAAAAACAAACAAAUUUGUUUAAAUUUUUUGGAACACCAAAUAGUGCAAAAAAAUUAGAGCCUAAAACUACACCGAAAACAAAUGAUACACCAAAAUCAGCUAAAGCAGGUAGAAAACGGAUUAUUAAUGACAGCGAUAAUGAUUCUGGAUCCGAUAAUGAAUGUAUUCAAGCAACGAAAAAAUCUCGAAUUAAAACAAUUUCAAGCAGUAGCAACGAAGAUGAUUCAAAUAUUCCAUCAACUCGUAUAUCAACGCCAAAAUUAUCAACCCCAAAACAUCAAAAACCAACAACUCCAAGAACGCCUUUCUUAUCAACUCCAACAUCGUCGAAAAAAUCACUUGGUCAAUUUGGGCAAAAGAACGGUACAAAUAAUAAAGAAAAUUUGAACGAUGAAGUAUUAUCUUUACGUACGGAAUGUAUCAAAUCGAAUAAAUUACCGCAUCAAAUCGUAGCGGAUAAAAAUAACGAAUUAGAUAAUAAAGUAAUGGAUAUUGGGAUGGAUAGUGAUUUAACACCAGGAAAUCACCAAAAUUUACCAUUCCUCCAACCGGAUGCUGUUUGUGAUAAAAAUAGGAGACGACCAUUUAUAGAUCCUGAUUAUGAUCCAAAAUCAUUGUAUGUACCACCAGAUUUUUUGAAACAACAAACACCGUGUAUGAAACAAUGGUGGCAGAUAAAAAGUGAUCAUUUCGAUUGUAUUCUGUUUUUUAAAGUUGGAAAAUUCUAUGAGUUGUAUCACAUGGACGCAGUUGUUGGAGUUAAGAAACUUGGUUUAACUUAUAUGAAGGGAAAUUAUGCUCAUUGUGGAUUUCCAGAACCUUCCUAUGGUCGUAUGGCUGGAACCCUUGUCGAAAUGGGUUACAAAGUUGCACGGGUUGAACAAACUGAAACUCCAGAAAUGUUGGCAGAACGUAAUACCCAAAACACAGUGAAAAAUAAAGGUAAAGAAAAGGUAGUCCGACGUGAAGUAUGCCAGGUAACCACAAAAGGUACCAAAGUUUUUGGAGUUCAUGAUAUUGAAUCCAGUAAUUUCGAAGCAAGUUACUUGCUGGCAAUCAUCGAAACAAAUGAUUUAACAAAACGCAACUGUAUCGAAACAAGUGUUUGUAAGUACGGGGUGUGUAUUGUGGAGACAUCUUUAGGUGUUUUUCAUAUUGGGCAAUUCGAAGAUGAUCUACAUCGCUCUAAUCUGUUAUUGAUGUUAACACAUUAUCCACCUGGAUUGAUUUUGUAUCCAAGAAAUGGUAUUUCAGAUCGUACACAGAAUAUAUUUAAGACAAUGGUUCCAGCAACAGUUCAUCGUGAACGAUUGAUACCAAAUAAACAGUUUUUAACAACUUCGGAUACGAUUAAUUUCUUAUUGGAGAAUCAGUAUUUUAAUGAUUCGAGUUCAUCAAAUAACCAAUGGCCAGGUGUAUUAAAAGAUUUUUUCCAAGGUGAUAGUAUAUAUAGUACAUUUGUACCCGAUGAUGCAAAAUUAGCAGUCCAAGCUUUUGGAGCCACUUGUUGGUAUCUAAAUUAUUCAAAAUUAGAUGCACAAAUCUUAUCGAUGAAGAAUUUCAAGCAUUUUAAACUCCCUGUUAGUGAUGCCGAUGACGAUACCGAAGAAAUCUAUAACUCAAAUAUGAUUAUCGACGCCAUUACAAUGCAUCAUCUAAGAAUCUUAGACAACAAUAAUGGUCUUGUAAAGAAAUUAAAUCUUUGUAAAACCGCUUUUGGUAAGCGAUUAUUACGCUCCUGGAUCACUCAACCCUUGUGUUGCGUUGAUACUAUUCAAGAACGUUUAAAUGCUGUCGAAACCAUUCUUAAUUGUGGAACAAAUUUUAUUAAAUCGAUUCAAAAACAAUUACAGAAGUUACCCGAUUUGGAACGUUUAAUUACUCGAAUUACCGGCUUGGGCAAUAAAAAACAUGCAAAACAUCCGGAUAGUCGAGCGGUUUUCUUUGAUAAAAGCUACUCUAAAACGAAAAUUAUAGAUUUUUGUAAAUUAAUCGAUGGGUUUACAAUGAUUGUUAACGAGAUCAAUUCUGCGAUUUUAGCGGAAGUUAAUGAUUCAGAUGCGUUGUUAAAACGUUUAACCACACUCGCUUCUGACUCUUCCGACGGUGAAUAUCCCGAUUAUCGUAAAGAUAUUCAAAAAAUCCGAAGAAUGUUUGAUUGUAAGCAUGCUAUGUCCGAAGGUGUUAUGAUUCCCCCGGCACGUUUAGAUGAAGAUUAUGAUCAAAUUUUAAUCCAUAUCAAAGAUCUGGAAGAUGAUUUAGAAGAAUAUCGAAUUGAACAAUGUAAAUUACUCAAAUGUCAAAUUACAUAUUUUGGAAAUGAUAAAAAACGAUUUCAGUUAUCUGUUCCUGUACCAAAAACAAAAUCGAAUGUUCAUGUUCCUGAUGAGUAUCAAUUGGAGAGUGCUACGAAAACAGUGAAACGUUAUUCUACGGCUCGAACGAAGCAAUUGCUAGCAGCUAUGAUUGCAGCCGAAGAAAAGAAAGGAAAAAUUAUUCAGAAAUAUACGAGACGAAUUUUUGAGGAAUUCAGUAAGAGUAAUGAAAAAUGGCUCCAAGCUCUAAAAUGUAUUUCCUAUAUCGAUGUACUCUUUUCAUUUGCGGCUUUUUCAAAUGCGGAUAAUAUGUGCAAACCAGUGAUCAGGAAACCUAAUAAAAAUGAAAAUCCAUUUAUAAACAUCAUCGGUGGAAGACAUGCUUGUAUUGCCAAAGAAGACUUCAUUCCCAACGAUAUAUCAAUCGGAACAAAUGAUAUUGCAUCAUUAAUCUUACUAACCGGUCCAAACAUGGGUGGAAAAUCAACAAUCAUGCGUACAUGUGCACUUAUCACAAUUAUUGGUCAACUAGGUUGCUACGUGCCAGCCACUGAAUGUGAAUUUACAAUUGUCGAUCGUAUCUUCACAAGAAUUGGAGCUAGGGACAACAUCGAACUUGGACAUUCAACAUUCUAUGUCGAGUUAGAAGAGACCUACAGUAUUCUAAAAUACGCAAGUCGGUACUCAUUAGCGUUACUGGACGAAUUGGGUCGAGGUACAUCUACUUUUGAUGGUAUGUGCAUUGCGGACGGUGUUAUCUGGUAUUUGGCGCAAUGUCGACUUCGAACUAUUGCGUCAACACAUUAUCACCAACUGAUCGAUAAAUAUAUCGAAGAUAAUACCUACAAAAAUAUUAUUACUCUACAACAUAUGGCCUGUUUUGUGGAUAUUGAAGGUGCCUAUAAAUGUCAGAAAUAUGGAAAAAUUGUGGAUCGAAUUGUAUACUUGUAUAAAUUGACAUUAGGCGCAUGUCCGAAAAGUUUUGGAUUUAAUGUUGCACAUUCUGCGCAGCUACCGACUUCGAUUAUAAAACGUGGUCGACAGAUGGCUGAUUUAUUUGAAUCAGAAGCUCGAUUAAUUCGAGAAUUUGAUAAACUUAUUCAGUUUUAAAAUUGUUAUAAAUUUUUCUCGUAAAAUAGAAUGUUCAAUGAUUGAAAAAUCUUUAACUGAUUUUGCCAUUUCCGGAAAGAGUUUCGAAACGUCUUCGUCCGGGUUAGAAUCCCAAAUUCCGUAUUAGUACAGAAAAAUACCCCAAAAUACCUCAGUAUUAAAAAUUAUCAACCCGUACGAUUUUUCAACGUAAUAAUAAGGUGAAACAUAGUAGUUUUUAAGAAAAAAUACUUUGGAAACAAUCGUAGUGUAGGAAGUUAAUUUUAAAAAACGGAAAGGUGUCGGUCGGCUUGCAUGGACUCGUAGGAAAUCCGCCCAGGACUUACAAUGUAGCUUUUAAUGGUAUAUUUUUGAAAAAAAUUUUCUUCGCAAAUAAAUUUAAAGUUUCUGCACAAUUUGCGAAAACGACAAAAAUUAGUACUUCGGAAAUGCCGUGCGUGAUGGGUAACGAAGCAUUCUACGAAAAAAUUUAAAAAAUAAAAUACUUUUCUUCGUUAAGAAUUGCUCUACAGCAUAAUUAUUAAUCUCAAAGAUGCAUGACGUAAAAAAAAGCUGCAAUUUGAGCCUCAAACGGAUUGUCUGCAAGUCAUUCAAGCCAAGAAAAUGUCGACGAAAAACGUGAUUUUUUCGCGAUCAGCGAAAACCGUUUUAACGGAGUUUUGAACGGAUUUAACUUCAGCUAGUCUUAUUAUUUCGUUUUUAGAACCCCCUAUUUUUUCUUUUUUUAUUAAAAUUCUUUUUCAGCCUUUUUUUGCGAAAAACCGGUUAUUUGCUCCUUUUCGAUUUUUUUAAAUUAACUUCCUUUCUACACAUAGAUGUUUUUCCAAAGAAUUUUUUCUUAACACGACUAUUUUUCUCUUAAUUAUUGCGUUGAAUAACCGGGCGCGUUAAUAUUUUCUUUAAAUGGAAAUUCUCAUCCUUUACUACAUGUCGAAAUCCAAGCUAAAUAUUAUAAAAUUUUGCUUUGUGCUGUGUGUAAAACAGAUAAAAAAAUAUUUUGAUACCAGUCUUAUUUUUUAUCAUCAUAGAAAUCGUAAUCUUAUCUCGGUUUGUUUUAAAACCU